AGUACAAAAUCUAAGGCCAUUCUGCAGCCAGUGAUAUUUUUCAUCUGAAAGUCCAGACCCAGUGGCAGAGCUGUGCCCUGCACAGGAUGCCUAGAAUUAGAUUUGCUACAAGAGAAACAGAGUUGUGUGUCCCUGGGGACACGUGGAUUGGCAAAUGAUGAAACAAAGAGGCUCAUUGCAUAAGUGGGCCCUGUGCCAGUCUGUGGGUUUCUUCAUGCCCUAGACUCAGAACCCUCGUGCUUCUGCUGGCCCCACCCACAGGGACUGCUCUAUAUCUCCAAUCCCAAGGAUGGGGGUAGACCAGCUGCCCCUUAACCCCCAGGACCACCAGCUGGAUCUGUUCUCACAGGAGCCAUAGCAGAGGUACCAGGAAACAUGGUUCCAAUACAGCAGGAUUCUCGGCUUUGUCUCAUUUUGCUGCUGGGGCUCUUGGGAAUGGUGAUCUCACUCCAUGCCCAACCUGAUACUUUAACCUGGGCUCAAUGGUUUGAGAUUCAGCACAUAAAUAUGGCCUACCCUCAAUGCAAUGCCGCAAUGCAAGUGGUUAACCGUUACAGAAUGGUAUGUAAAGAUAGAAAUACUUUUCUCCACAAAACAUUUGCUUAUGUAGCUGGUAUUUGUAACACCCCAAAUGUAACCUGCUCUCAACUAGGCAAGAUGAACUGUCAUAAUAGCUCAGUCCAAGUGCCUAUAACCUACUGCAACCUCAUAAGAAAUGCAAUGAAUUACACAAACUGCCGUUACCAACAGACAUCAACACAGAAGAUCUUCAUCAUUGCCUGUGAGAACAGAUCAUCCCGAGACAGUCCCAGGUACCCUGUGGUUCCAGUUCACUUGGAUAAGAUCAUCUAGAUUUUGGGUCAGCACUUUGGCCCAUGCUUAGCUACCAAGCACAAUGGUCAUAGCUGCAGUCCUAUCCCCAAAUCCUCCCGGGAUAUCAACAUCAGUCCUCAUGGCACCAGCCCCCCCGGUGCCCUUUAUGCUUUGCUCAGCUGAAGCUACAUCUGUGCCCACAAUAAA